GUCAUCACUUGCGAGUGAGCAGGACUGUGUGAGUUACGGAGGAGGAGGAUGUCCCUGGUGCUAGGGCCGCCCCCUCCCCAAGCAGGGAACUCAGGGGCCAGGUGUGGGGUUUGCAUGAGCUGGGUUCCUCCUGGCAGCCUGGGCAGGGCUGAGUUGAACUCCCAGGAGGUGUCAGGACACCUGUGCCACUCAGUGUUGCCUCAAGUGGGGCCUCUCCACCAGAGCUGUGCAGCCGUGGGCACGAUGUCCAGGACCUGAACUUUGACCUAAAGGAGCCAGGCAGGUGGGAGCCUACCUGGGCCGGGGCCCCCUCUGGAGGCGUUUACAGCUGGAUGUUCACCCUCGUGGGCACAGGGUGGGGCCGGGCCAGGGGCCGCAGGGACGGAAAGGGGCUGAGCCUCGCUCUCCAGUUAGAGCAGUCGGCCUGUGGGGCCUCAGGCCCAUAACCAGGCUAAGUCCCUGCGAGGCUGGCCGGCAUCCACACUGCCUCUCGGCAUCCACAGAUGCCUGACCAUGCCUCUGCCCAGCCAUCUCCUGCCUGCCCUGGUUCUGUUCCUGGGUGAGUAGUGGGGCCUGGCUCCUGAAACAGGAAUGUCUGGGGGCUCCAGUAGUGGGCCUGUUAGGGAAGGAGGGUGCAGGCCCUGGAUGACCUGCCUCUAGGGACGCACAGCGAGCCCUCGGAGUCCUAGAGAUUGCCCCGCUGGGGAAGGGGCAAAGGUUCUGCUCUCGCUGGCCUCGACUUCCACCCAGGCUCCACGCUGAGAGGGCCCUGAAAGCAGACCCUAGUCUGCCACUCUUGACCGGGAUGGAGCCUGAGGGGGCCUGGGCUGCCAGCUGAUGCGGCCGCUUGCCAGGGGCACCCUGCCGACAGCCCCUCCGCUUCCUGGCUGGGCCCCGGUUCCCUUCCCCAGGUCCCUCGUGAGCCUAUAUACCCCUGCCCUGACAUGCAGUCAGCCUUGCCAGGGCCAGAUGCCCUCGGCUUGCCCCCAUCAGGGACCCUCAGGUGGCAGCUCUCUCUGGGUCCCAGCCCCCUUCCUGCAUGAGCCCCUGGCCUGGACCCCAAAGGAAGGUGACCAGUGUCCUGAUAUGCCUGAGCCUGGGGUUUCUGGGCCAUGGAACCAUCCAGAGCAAACUGGGGUGUGGGGCCACUGUGCCCCAGGCCACCUGGUUGCCUCUCUGUUGGCAGCAGCGUCCCCAGGCUGGGCGUGGGUCCCCAGCCGCUGCAGGCCCCCCCGGGAGGCUGUGUGCAACUUCGUGUGUGACUGCAGGGGCUGCCUGGACGAGGCCCAGUGCGGGUACUGCGGGGCCCUGCCCACCCUGGACGCCCCCUUCGCCUGCAGCUUUGAGCAGGACUCCUGUGGCUGGAGGGACAUCAGCACCUCGGGCUACAGCUGGCUCCGCGGCAGGGCGGGGGCCGCGCUGGAGGGGCCGGGGCCGCUCGCAGACCACACUGUCGGCACUGACCUGGGCUGCUACAUGGCUGUCGGCACACACCGCGGGAAAGAGGCGUCCACUGCAUCCCUGCGCUCCCCGGUCCUGCGCCAGGCAGCCCCCACCUGUGAGCUGAGGCUCUGGUACCACACAGCUGCUGGAGACGUGGCUGAGCUGAGGCUGGAGCUGACCCACAGCACCGAGACGCUGACCCUGUGGCAGAGCUCAGGGCCCUGGGUUCCAGGCUGGCAGGAGCUGGUGGUGGCCACUGGCCGCAUCCUGGGUGACUUCAGGGUCACCUUCUCUGCCACUCGAAAUGCCACGCACAGGGGCACUGUGGCCUUGGACGACGUGGCCUUCUGGCGCUGUGGGCUGCCCACCCCUGAGGCACGCUGCCCCCUGGGGCACUACCAUUGCCAGAACAAGGCCUGUGUGGAGCCCCACCAACUGUGCGACGGGGAGGACAACUGCGGGGACCGUUCCGAUGAGGACACAGCCAUCUGCAGCAACCACACGGCCACCGAUUUUGAGACCGGCCUAGGCCUGUGGAACCACUUGGAGGGCUGGGCCCGGAACCACAGCAUGGGCGGCUCCCAGUGCCCCACCUGGCCGCGCCGCGACCACAGCCGGAACAGUGCUCAGGGCUCCUUCCUGGUCUCCGUGGCCGAGCCCAGUGCCCCCGCCGUUCUCUCCAGCCCUGAGCUCAAAGCUUCUGCCCCCGACAACUGCUCACUCGUCUUCUAUUACUAUCUGCAUGGAUCCAAGGCCGGCUGCCUCCAGGUGUUCCUGCAGACUCAGAGCCCCGGCGCCCCCCAGGCCCCCGUCCUGCUGCGCAGGCACCACGGGGAGCUGGGGGCCGCCUGGGUCCGAGACCGUGUUGGCAUCCAGAGCGAGCACCCCUUUCGGAUCCUCCUGGCCGGGCAGACGGGCCUGGGGGGAGUCAUAGGCCUGGACGACCUCAUCCUGUCUGCCGGCUGCAAACCAGUCCCAGAGGUGUCUGGCCCACCUCCUGGGCUCUGGGCCCCAGGUCCCUGGCCGCAGCCGUCCAGCCUGCAGCUCUGGAAUUUCUGCGAGCCAGGAUAUCUCUUUUGUGGGGACCUGUGUGUCCCCCCAGAGCAGCUGUGUGACUUCCAGCAGCAGUGCCUUGGGGGCGAGGACGAGCAGGACUGUGGCACCACGGACUUCGAGUCCCCCACGGCCGGGGGCUGGGAGGACGCCAGCGUGGGGCGGCUGCAGUGGGCACGUCUCCCGGCCCAGGAGAGCAGGGUCCCUGGCACCGGUGCCGCCAGGGCUACUGCUGGACACUUCCUGUCCUUGCAGAUGGCCUGGGGGCAGCUGGGAGCGGAGGCCCGGGUCCUCACACCCACCCUGGGCCCCUCCGGCCCCCGCUGUGAACUCCACUUGGCUUACUAUUUUCAGAGUCACCCCCAAGGCUUCCUGGAGCUGGUCGUGGUGGAGGGCAGCAGCCGCGAGCUGGUGUGGCAGGCCCCGGGCAGCGGCACUGGGGGCUGGAAGGUGGACAAGGUCCUGCUUGGGGCUCGUCGCCGGCCCUUCAGGCUGGAGUUUGUCGGGCUGGUGGACUUGGACAGCCCUGGCCAGCAGGGCGCCGCAGUGGACGACGUGACCUUGAUAGGCUGCAGUCCCACGGUGGCCACCGAGAAAGACACAGAGGUCUCCUGUAACUUUGAACGGGACACGUGCGCCUGGUACACAGGCCACUUCACCGACGUCCACUGGCGCCGGGUUGAGAGCUGUGGCCCUAGGUACGACCACACCACAGGCCAAGGGUACUUCGUGCUCCUAGACCCCACAGACCCCCCAGCCCAGGGCACCGCUGCCCACCUCCUCACCCAGCCCCAGGUGCCUGCAGCCCCCCAGGAGUGUGUCUCUUUCUGGUACCACCUCUACGGGCCCCAGAUCGGGACACUGCGCCUGGCGAUGAGGCGAGAAGGGGAGGCAGAGUUGCACCUGUGGUCACGGUCCGGCACCCAAGGCAACCGCUGGCAUGAGGCCUGGGCCACCCUCCACCACCUGCAGGAUUCUGGCGUCAAAUACCAAGUGAGGCCCGGUGCCGGGCGGGGGUGGACAGGCACCAUGGCACUGGACGACGUGGCUGUGCGGCCUGGGCCCUGCUGGGCCCCCAGGCACUGCUCCUUCGAGGACUCGGCCUGCGGCUUCUCCACGGGGGGCUGGGGCCUCUGGAUUCGCCAGACCAAUGCCACGGGCCCUACCGCCUGUGGCCCCCGUGUUGACCACACCACACAGACACCUCAGGGGCACUACAUGGUGGUGGACAUGAGCCCGCAGGCGCUGCCCCGCGGCCGCAUGGCCUCCCUGACCUCAGAGGAGCACAGGCCCCUGGCCCGGCCAGCCUGCCUGACCUUCUGGUACCACCUGAGCCUCAGUAACCCAGGCACUCUACAGGUUUACGUGGACGCGGCUGGAAGGAGUCAGGUGCUCCGCAUUAGCAGUCAUGGAGGGUUUGCCUGGCGUCUGGGCAGCGUGGAUGUGCGGGCUGAGCAGGCCUGGAGGGUGGUGUUUGAGGCCGUGGCCGCCGGCGUGGAGCACGCCUACAUCGCGCUGGACGACAUGCUCCUUCAGGAUGGGCCCUGCCCUCGGCCAGCUUCCUGUGACUUCGAGGCUGGUCUGUGUGGCUGGAGCCAUCUUCCCUGGCCCGGCCUGGGUGGGUACAGCUGGGACUGGAGCAGUGGGGCCACACCCUCCCGCUACCCCCAGCCCGCCGUGGACCACACCCUGGGCACAGAGGCAGGCCACUUUGCUCUCUUUGAAACCAGCGUGCUGGGCCCUGGGGGCCGAGCGGCCUGGCUGCGCAGCCAGCCACUGCCCGCCACUCAGGCCUCCUGCCUCCGCUUCUGGUACCACAUGGGCUUUCCUGAGCACUUCUACAAAGGCGAGCUGCGGGUCCUGCUGAGCAGCGCCCGGGGUCAGCUGGCCGUGUGGGGCACUGGUGGGCGCCAGCGGCACCAGUGGCUGGAAGGCCAGGUGGAGGUGGCCAGCGCCGAGGAGUUCCAGAUUGUGUUUGAAGCCACCCUGGGUGGCCAGCCAGCCCGGGGGCCCAUUGCCCUGGACGACGUCGAGUUUCUGGCCGGGCAGCGCUGCCAGCUGCCUACACCCAGCCAGGGGGACACGGCAGUGGCCACAUCAGUGCCAGCCGUGGUCGGCGGCACCGUCUUGCUCCUCAUGCUCCUGCUACUGCUUGGACUCGUGGGAUGGCGCUGGCUGCGGAAGGGGCGCUGCCUCUCCAGGCGCAAGGCGGAGGCCGUGGCCCCCGGCUUCGACAACAUCCUCUUCAGCGCGGACCACGUCACCCUGCCACCAUCGGUCACCAAUGACCAGUAGAUCACCCAGAGAAGACCCCAGCUCCUCACCUGUGUUCCUCACCUCCCCAGGACCCUGGCCCCAGGACCAACACUUGCCCCUCCCUCAGGACGCGCUGACCCCUGCGUCCAUCACCCUCCACAGACUGCCCCCACAGACCCGGGUUUG